AGUGCUGUGAAAGGCACGGGCUCGACAACACGAGGAUGGUCAUGCUGCAAGAACUCUUGUUCCUGGAGCAACAAGGCCCCAGUCAACAGCCCGGUCAUCUCUUGUGAUGCUCGAGACAAUCUCGGUGUCAAUCCAGCCAGGAGGGACGGCUGCGACAGUGGAGGCGGCUCAUUUGCUUGUUCUGAUCUGUCACCAUGGGCGAAAAGUAAUGACCUUGCAUAUGGCUUUGCGGGUGUCAAUCUGGUUGCAUCGAAUGAAACUGCCUGGUGUUGCUCCUGCUACUCGCUUACAUUCACUUCUGGCUCAGUCAAUGGGAAGAAGAUGAUUGUACAGGUUGUCAACACAGGUAACGACCUUGGAGAUGACCAAUUUGACCUCGCCAUCCCUGGAGGUGGUCAAGGUGCCAUGCGAGGAUGCAGCACGCAAUUCGGUGGCCCUGCUAUCUGGGGCGCGGAAUAUGGUGGAAUUGCGCACCGUGAUGAGUGCGAUGCAUUCCCAGAGCCUUUGAAAGCUGGUUGUUACUGGCGCUUCGAUUGGUUUAGAAAUGCCGACAAUCCAACGGUGAACUGGGAGAAGGUAUCUUGCCCUCAAGAUCUGUCAUACGUUUCCGGCUGCAGAAGGAACGAUGAUCCUACACCUGGGCAAAGCACUUCGAAGCCGGUGCCGUCGCCUACCUCAUCGGCGCCUCUCGCAUCUGGUACUGUCCAGCAAGGGGGCCAGUGUGGUGGUAGAAAUUACCGUGGUCCUACUGUUUGCGUUGCAGGCACAGUCUGUACCUUCUAUAAUGAGGAUACGUAUUAUUGCCUCCCCGAUCCCGCGAGUACGAGAUCAACUCCCGUUACCACCAAACCAACUCCUGUUCCAACGAUUGCACAACCUUGGGACCAGUGCGGAGCAGGUCAGGGUUUCACCGGCCCAUCGCGAUGCAAAGACUCUACUUGCAGGAGUUUUGAUCAGUGG